UUGCUCGGCUCAGUCCUCACCGAAGAAUCGUCGAAUGAACAAACCCAGGUCCAAGUGUGCUGUGAAAGGUUGCAUUCUUAUUUUUCUUUUCGUCGGGAAAAUUCUUUCGGUUGUGCUCUGGUAAAAUAUAAAAUUACAAUCGAAAAAACGGGCUGCGAAGAAAAAAGACUGUCCCCAAUCAGUCGUUGGUUGAAGUGAUAAAAUAAUGGCUGGAAAAUGAUGGCUUCGAAGUUCGCAGAAUGAAAAUUUAGCUCUAGAAUCGUGAACACAGGCGAAAAAAAAAUGAUCAAAAGAGUGCGCUCGCAGCUGGCUUGAUGGGAAAAGUUUUCUUGAAAAAUUGAAAACAAGUCGGUGGCGCUGCUCAUCCCACGCUUAGUGCCUGCUUGUGCCUCGAAGGUUACUUUACUGGAUUGUGAUCGGAUUGCGUAACAACGUGCAAUAAAAGUGUCACCUGCCGGAACGGCAGCAGGACUGUCGGAAACGCGAAGAAGACAGUGACGACUAAGUGACAUUUUACUUCCGUUUUUUGUUUUUGCUGUACAAUUUCUGUGGAAUGCGCUGGUAGAAUCAUCCUCCGGAGGCAACUGUCGGAAUGAUAAAUAGGAAAGGAAUGUUUCUGCUAGCUGUGCUUAUCCUGAGCACGAAUUUCGGCACAUUUCCUGCAUACAACAGCGAUGCGGACGAAACCGUGGAGCAUAUUAAAAUUGGUGGCCUCUUCGAUGGCGACACCGACGACGCGUCGCUCGCCUUCCAGUACGCCGUGGAAGCGGUGAACAACGAAAAGCUGUCCUACUCCAACUACCGGCUGGAGGCGCAUCCCGUAACAGUGAAAUUCGGCGAUCAGUUCGACGUGUCGAAGAAGCUGUGCAAACUGAUGAAGACCGGCGUGGCGGCCAUCUUCGGUCCCAGCUCGCCCCGUUCGGCCGUCCACGUGCACAGCAUUUGUGACGAGAAGGAGAUGCCCCAUAUCGAAACCCGCUGGAACCCCCACUCGCAGCUACCGACCCUGAACAUCCGCCCGCACCCGCACAUCAUCGCUCGUGUCUUCCUCGAUCUGGUGGUUGCCUUCGAGUGGCAAGAUUUCACCAUAAUCUACGAAUCGGGACCAUGGCUACCGGGGAUGUCAGAGUUGCUGAAGAUGUAUGACCCCAAGGGAUACACGGUGACCGUCCGGCAGCUGGAUCUUAAACUAAACGGCAACUUUCGACCAGUGCUACGGCGGGUUAAACUCUCUGAGGAUAAGAACAUAAUCUUCGCCUGUUCCAUCGAAUCAAUGCCGGAGGUUUUGAAGCAAGCCCAACAGGUUGGUCUACUAACGGAUCAUCACCAGAUCAUCAUAACAACACCCGAUCUGCACACGAUCGAUCUGGAACCCUAUCAGUACAGUGGAACGAACAUCACCGGCAUACGGAUGGUAGACCCGGAGGAGGAGAAAAUCCACCAAGUUACGGAGUUUCUCAAUGCAUCGCAAAUCUCCCGAACGCUUGAGUUGAAUGACGGUCUAAAUCCGGCUACGAUGCGAGUUGACACCGCACUGAUGUACGACGCCGUGCUACUGUUCGCCGAAGCGCUGCGCCAUCUGAUUGGGACCGAUCCGCCCCAUCCGCUGGAACCGAUUCCACUCAAGUGCGACGAUGAAAACACCUGGAAGAGUGGGUACAGUGUGCUUAACUAUAUGAAAACGUCGACCGUUCAUGGUUUGACGCGAGCGAUCAAGUUUGAUCACGAAGGACGACGGUCGGACUUUUUGCUGGAUAUUGUUGAGCUUGGUCCGGCUGGUCUGGAGAAGGUUGGUGUGUGGAACUCCAGCGAGGGGUUGAACUUUACGCGCAAGAAGGAGGGUGCCGCCUUGGCUAUGGAUGAUGCGACGCUACAGAAUCGAACGUUUAGGGUUCUUACGGCGUUGUCACCUCCGUACGGGAUGCUCAAGGAUUCACCAACGAAACUCACCGGUAACGAUCGCUUCGAGGGAUUCGGAAUCGAUUUGAUUAACGAGCUGUCGAUCAUGCUCGGGUUUAACUACACGUUCAUUCUACAGGAGGACGGCGUGUACGGGUCGCUCAACAGGGAAACCGGCAAGUGGAACGGAAUGGUGCAGGAACUGCUUGACUGGCGCGCUGAUUUGGCCAUCACCGAUUUGACGAUUACCUCCGAUCGGGAAAGUGCCGUGGAUUUUACAAUGCCGUUCAUGAAUCUGGGCAUUUCGAUUCUGUUCCGUAAACCAACCAAGGAACCUCCGUCGCUGUUCUCGUUCAUGUCACCCUUCUCGAAGCAGGUUUGGUUAUAUCUAGGUGGGGCGUACAUGAUGGUGUCCAUGUCACUGUUCAUCCUUGGGCGACUGUCGCCCAAGGAGUGGGACAAUCCGUACCCUUGUAUCGAAGAACCGGAGGAGUUGGAAAAUCAGUUUAGCUUCAGUAAUUCCAUGUGGUUUACGAUUGGAGCUUUGCUCCAGCAAGGUUCAGAAAUUGCACCCAAAGCUUCCUCCACCCGUGCGGUUGCUUCGAUCUGGUGGUUCUUCACGCUCAUCAUGGUUUCAUCCUACACGGCUAACCUCGCUGCUUUCCUGACGGUCGAACAGAUUCAUUCGCCGAUCAGUAACGCCGAAGAUUUGGCCGCUAGUGGUACGAUCAAGUAUGGUGCCAAGCGGGACGGCAGUACGAUCAGCUUUUUUAAGGAUGCCGAGUACAAAACGUACCAACAGAUGUACCAGUAUAUGAUGCAGAAUCCGGAGCUGCUGACCUCGUCCAAUCCGGAGGGACUGCAUCGGGUUAAGACAGAGAACUACGCCUUCCUAAUGGAGUCCACCUCGAUCGAGUACAUCGUCGAGCGGGAGUGCGAUGUGACUCAGAUCGGAGGACUUCUAGAUGACAAAGGCUACGGAAUAGCGAUGAGAAAAAAUUCUGCAUAUCGCAGCGCUCUAAGCGAGGCGGUCUUGCGUCUCCAGGAGCAGGGCGUUCUGACAUCCCUCAAACGCAAAUGGUGGAAGGAGAAACGAGGAGGCGGUGCUUGUGCGAAUGCAAUGGAGGAAAGUGGAGCGCUUGCUCUCGAGGUGGCAAACGUCGGAGGCGUCUUUGUGCUGCUAAUCGUGGGCGUCGUUGUUGCCAUGUUCAUAAGCUUUUGCGAGAUGCUGUGCGAUGUCCACAGCCGCUCGCGGGAACUUAAGCAAAGCUCGGCCGACGACGGUGCCGAGGAACUCGGCAUGGACAACGUGGGCGGUGUGUUCUUCGUGCUGUGCGUUGGCUGCUCGACCGCCUUGUUUAUCGGCUGCUGUGAUCUCGUUUUCCACAAUCUGAGUACAGCACGCCGGGAAAAGGUACCCUUCCGGGAGGAACUGAUGUCCGAGCUGCGCUUCGUGGCGAAAUGUUCCGGAAAUACGAAACCCGUCCGCCAUCGGAAAAGUUCGUCCGGUUCGCGCAAUUCGCUCGAAUCUGGCCUAACCGAACACUCGACCAGUCCGAAGCUGGAGCGCAACGGAAAGGCUGCUCUGAACGUGAAAUCCAACGGCCGCAAAGCAGCUGCACUGGAGGAUUGAUUUUGUCGCCAUCACUUGUUGCACGAGUUUGUAGGGAUUGUAGAUAAUUAGCUGGUAGAAGCUGAGAUAUUUUGUGAUGACAGUACUAAGUUUGGAAAAAUAAAUUAAAAGGAUUGUUUUUUUUUUA